AUGCGGGGCCGCGGCCGCGCCCUCGGGGGGCAGCGGGAGGCGGCGGGGCGGGACCGGUGCAGCGGAGGGAGGGACGGGAGGAUCGGGGACCCCCGGGACCCCCGGGACCGACCUGGCAGCGAGCGGCCCGCUCCGCCGCGACAGCGCCGCCCCGCGGGGGCCGCUCCCCCCACCCGCGAUGGCGGCCCCGGGGGCACCGAGCCCGAGCGCGCCGCGGGGGGGUCCCCCGAGGGGGGGUCCCCCGAACAGGAGGGGUUCUUCUCGCUGCUGAGCUCUGUGCAGGGAACGCGCAUGGACGAACAGCGCUGCAGCCUGGGGGGGGGCACCGGAGGAGGGGGCCCGGCGCCGCCGCCCCCCGAGCUGGCCUCGCUGCUGGACAUGGUGGCCAGCUCGCAGGGCCGCAGGAUGGACGAGCAGCGCCUGCCCGUGCCCCGGCUGCCCGGCUUCGGCUCGGGGGGCGCUCAGGACUGAACCCCCCGGACCCUCGGGACCCCCCCGGACCCCCUGGACCCUCGGGACCCCCCUGCACCCUCGGGACCCCCCCGGACCCGUCUCGGACCCUCGGGACCCCCCCUGGACCCCCGGGACCCUCCCAGACCCCCCCGGACACACCCGAGACCCCCCCAGACACCCGGGACCCCCCCGGCCCCUCCCCCGCCGUGUCCCCAAUAAACCCUGAGCAAUGGG